GUGCUCCCAGCGGUGCCAGGAGCCGCGCGGGUUCGGCCGGCAGCGCUGUGGUGCUGGGGUUGCAUAAGAGCGCUGGCAUUUGCGGGGCCGCCUCUGCCAACUUUGCGCAGACGGAGGAAUACGGCGCUGGCGGGCUGAGAGCCGCCCGCACGAGGUGUGUCUGCAGAUAAUGACGGCCGGGUCUGAAGUCCGGGAGAUAAGUGCGGGGGGAAGCAGUUGCCAGGAGGGAUUUCAGCCUUCUGCAGAGGGCACGGUGCUGGGACAGGCGAGGUGGCUGCCAAACACGGGAUCGGGGUGGGAGCGAGCCCUGGUGCAGGGACACAGGGACAUCCCUGCAGGAUCCCUUCCCCAGUAACAGCCCUUUGUCUGCACCCAUCCCAGCGCUGAGCCCCACGGCCCUGGUGACUCCCACGGGCGAAAUGGGAACAAUCAGGAGGUGCCUUUAUGACAGGUGUCUCUGAAGGGCUGGCAGUCAGAACCCGGGGGGCCCUUUGAUCUCAGCCUUUGAAACCCUAGAGCGGUGCUGACAGAGCUGCUCUGUGUUUCCAGGCUGGGCGGAUGAUCAUUUCCAUGCGGGAACAAUGAGUUCUUUAUGCUGCUGUGCACCAUAAAGGGACGGCACACGGGGAGCCCUUAGCGGGGUCGGCUCCGUCCCUGCUUGGUGAUGGAUGGGGGGAGCUGGGGGGCAGGGAGGGGCGAGCCUGAGCAUCACCAUCACAGCAAGCUCAGCAUCCUCACCACGUGCCUAGUGGGAGACAGGAGGCUUUUAGGGGCAGGCAGACAAAUUUCCCCUCUGUGGAACUCUGAGGAGACCUCACCCAGCAGUCCCACCUGCAUCACCCCCAGCCUCGCUGCUCAGCUGCGUGGUCCCUCUCGGUGCCUCUUCCAGCCACACAGCCUCCCCCAGGUGGGAGUACACCUUCAUCCCUUCUCCCUCGCCCUACAGAUGCCAGCCUGUCAUUCCCAUACACUGUGCUGGAGCCAUAUAUCCCAUGUGCCAGAGGCACUAAACAUCAAGAGCAAUGGUCACUGUCUUUAACAGCUCCACCCCAACGGUGUCACACUCCAAGUGUCACACCCCAUUGGUGUCACACAUCAACUGCCUCAUGGCCACGGAGCUGGGGCUGGCAGUGGGACAGGGUGUGCAGAACACAGGUCCCAUGGCAGCAGCUGCUGUGGUGACCGUGGCCGUGGUGAUAGCCCUGCAGAUAAACCAGACAGAGCCAGCAGCGUCUCAGUGGGUGUUUCUGGGCAUGUUUGCUGCCCUCUCUUUGUGCUGGCAGUCACCUUCUUGUUUUGCAAAGCAAAUCCAACUGUGGGCACGGCUGAGCAGGGCACGGGCUCAUUUGCCAGGGAAAUGCCCCUGGAGCAGAGCACACACUGGGACGGGUGGGCAGCACCCCCCCACCCCACCCCCCGAGCCAGCAGGGAGGUCUGGGGUGCACCCAGCUCUACGCCAGCCCAGCGUGCUGCUCCCUUCUGCCUCCAUCCUCCUGCAGAGCGAUCUCCAGGCAACCCGGGCAGCGCCAAGGCGCGUCUCUCCCCUGCUGAGCUGGUGUGCUUGUGCUGGCACAUAGCUCGCAUACCUGCAGGCAGGCAUCACCAGCAGGGCUAACCCUUUCUUGCUCUCCUGCAGCAGUGCCCGCCUGCCCGAGCAAUGCCAUCAGGACUGCAGCUGGUGUGGGUGCUGGGCCUGCACUCGUUGCACAAACAGUGCUGUUUUGAAGCCUCAACAAAUGAUCCAGAGAAAGAAGAAGAGCAGCCCAAAGCUGAGGCAUGGCAUGAGGAUGUGCAGUUGCUUUUGGAGGACACUAAGGGUGAGCUUAGGUACAGGUGCACGCUGUGGUAGGAUUGGAGUCUCUGCUGCUCGGGGAUGCUAGGAGAUUUUUGGCCAUUUCCUGCAGAGGAUGAUCCCAGGAGGCAGUGCUGACCAAAGCUGGUGCUGGCAGUGGGCUCCUGCUGGCCCUGCAGCCCAAGAGGCUCUGCCAGGUGGUGGCUGCUCCAGCCUCGGCACAGCUCCAUGCCACUGGCAGCCUCUGGCUGGUUGUUACUGUGCAGGUGACUCAUGGUGAGCACCCAGGUGGUGAGGCUGGCACUGCUCCCUGAGGGCAGACUGAGUUGGCUUGAGCUGGAGAUGCAACCGGGUGUCAGAGUUCUGCCCUGUAUCUGGUGCUGGGUCCUGGGGACAUGGCAUGGAGCACCAGCAGAGAAAGCUGGGCAGGAUGCUCAGCACAUCUGGAACACAGCACGGUCCCGCACCUUCUCUGUUUCCGUCUCUCCAGAUGUUGUUGCAGUUCCUGUAUUGCCAGAUCCUGAAAAGAGAGGAGUUAAAGGAAACCACAGCCUGGUGCUGAGGGCAGAUUGAGAUCUUGUGGCUGCUGCAGGAAGCCUGCUCCUGAGUAUCUUCCAGCACAGAGCAUGCAGCCUGCAGCAGGUUCCUAAGCUGGCAGGUGCCUUGUUCCAUCCCGGGCAGUAUGGCUCAUGGUUAUCACAGCUGCUCACCAUCCUAGGGCAACCCCACAAUGGGGAAAGUGAUGGGUAAAAGCAGAUGGGGUGACACACAGCAGUGUGUGCACGGCAUGGCCACACACCAUGCAGCGUGCUAGGCAUCUCCCAACAAGCAAACCAGUAUGGUGGAUGGGAACGUGGCUUUGGGCCUUAUGGGACUGAGCCAAGCACUGAGAGCUGACCCUGCUCUCACCUCCAUGGCCCUGAGCAUUGUGCCCAGGACAGCUCUGCAGAGGAUGUCCUUGCUGUGUCCACCCUGUGAGCUGAGGGACCACGUCAGUGCCACCACACAGAGCAGGAGGCACCUGGCCAAGCACGGAUGGCGAUCGGAGUGGCGUGGAGCACGCGGUCGGUGACUCAGCUGUGACCCGGCUCCACCAACUCCAGCCUUUCGCAACGUGUUUACCAGGAUGCAGGCAGCCUGCGCCUCACAGGAGGGGCGGCCUCAGCCCCAAACCUGCUUGCCAGGCUCCCCACCCCACACUGCUCUGCUCCUGCAGGUGAUGCCCGUGCUGAGGUCAGGCAGCGUGCUCCCAGCGCAGCCAGUCAUCCUAAGCACAGCCCCAUGUGGAGGUGGUGGCACGUCGCAGUGCUGUAUCACUGCAGGGAGGAUGGCAGAAAUUCCCCUGCUUUCCUGAUGCCUUUUGCUGAGCUGUGUCCCAGCCGCCCCCCCACGUCCUGCAGCUCCCAUGUACGUGUCCCAGGUGGGCAGGGCACAGAAAACCAUGGGGAAGUCCCUUCUGCUGGAGGAUUUUGGAGCAAAAGGCACCGUUUUGAAAAUUUUCCAUGGAGGAAAGCCAAGGGCAACAGAUCCGAGUCAUAUUUGUUUUGUUUCUACAUCUUGUGGAGCCUGAGAUGGGAAAUGCUGGUCAGAGGCAGAAAGUUCCAAUAUUUCACCCUGCAGUGAGCUGGAACGGGCAGUGUCUGGCAGGGUCCCCCUGUCCUGGAGUGGGUGAAUGCAGAUUUGCUGUUGCAGCACUGCCAGGGAUGAGCAAGAGUCGGCUCAUCAGCGCUCCUGCAGCCCACUGACACCAAGGCCACCCAUGGGCAGGAGCACGUGGGGACCCCAGAGAAGAGGUCUGAGAGCCACCAGGCCAUUCUGGCAUGGCCACACUGAUCCGUGCUGCAAAGGGCACCGCAAGGCACUGCAGAGCAAUGCCACCGUUUGCAAGAGUGCUGAUUGUGCCUGACCACGAGGACUCUGCCCAAAUGCUCAUUUUCCAGCAGAUAACCUUAAAUUGCAGCUCCUGGUUGAGCAAACCGUGUGUGCCCAUGUCCUGCACGGCUCCCUGCUGGCCACUUUCCAUCGCGCGACUCGUGUCAGCUCCCAGCGCCAACGGCUGAGGAGGGACCUGUGUCACUGCAUUGUCCCCAGGAUAUUUAUUGCUGCCCCGUGUGGUUACCAGGCAAGGCUGAGGCUGGCAGCAGCUCACGCUGCAGGCACAGCCUGGCAUUCCCAGCCUGGAAGAGCUGCGGCGAAGGCUCAGUGGGCGGCUGCACAAUGCUGCUGUUGGAGACGGUGCACAGUGCAUGGUGUCCUGCCGAGGCUGGAGACGAGCACAGUACCAUGCCAAGGCCGGAGAUGUGCGUGGUGCUGUGCCAAAGCUGUAGACAGGCACCGUGCAAGGUGCUGUGCCAAGGCUGGGCGCUGCUGCUGGCACGUACUCAGGCUGCAGGGCUCAGUGCUUGCGCUGCCGCACUGGUGCCUGCGCCCUCACCCCAGCACCGCAGCGGGAACGUGGGGCAGGGCCGGGACCACGGAUGAAAGAGAAAUGUCCGCACCCACCCCAUGCCAGGAAUAUCUGCCCGUGGGGCGUGUGCUGCUGUGGGCACGGCUGCUCCUACCCCUGCUGUUUCCCUGGGAUGCAGCCCCACGGGCACUCAGCCCCUUCCCCUCGUGCUGCGGUGCCCGGGUGACAAUGUGACGGUGACAAUGGGUGACAAUGGGCGGCUGCUGGGUGAUGUGCAUGGGUGGGUGCCUGCGGAGCAGGGGAUCGCGCUGAGCCCCGCACGUCGGAGCAGCUCCUCCUGAUCCCAAAUCGAAGUUUGAUUCCAAUGACCGUACCCGUAACGCCGAGGGAUGGAGCGGGCACACGGAAAACAACCGGUUUCCACGGCAACCAGGGCUGAGAUGGAACUGUCUCCUUGGAGACCGCGCUGUCUGCCCGCAGCGCACGCCCGGUGGCACAGGGGACGCGCUGUGCUGGGACUGCCCGACCCCGGGCACGAGGGCACCUGGGAGCAGCGGCCGCGUCACCCCGUGCCGCUCCCACGGCCGGAGGAGCCCGGCUGCCCCCACCUGGGCGCGCUGCCGCCAUCACCUCCAUCCCAGCGACGCUGACUCCGCUCUUUAUUUCCCUGCUAUAGGAAAUGUCGUGCGCUGGGUGAGCCCGUGUAGCAGCGCAGCCAAUCAGAACACAGCUGGCGCUCAACACAGGUGCGGCAGGUUGGAGCUCUGAUUGGCUGCUUGCGUCCCUGCCGAGGGGUUAUUGCCGACAGCUGGGCUCUGAUUGGCUGCAUCAGUCCCACCUGAGGGACCUGGGCUCUGAUUGGCUGCUUUGGUCACUCCUGAAAGCUCAUUGAUCUGCUCGACUGUGCCUGGUGUCGCACCUGAUCUUCCCCCUGGCUGCUGGUGUCCUUGGAGCAGAGCACCUGGAGUGCUGCAGCAGCCUCACCUGGUGCUCAGGCACCGCUGAGCUCUGGCUGAGCCAUUCCCCUUUUUUUAGGUGGGCCAGAAAUCUGUGCACCCGUUGCACCCAGGACAGCCCUUGGGCAUUCCCACUGUCUGCUCCUGCAGAACCCAGCAGGAGCUGGAAUGCUGCUUCCCCCUUCAAAAGUAUCCAGGGAUGGGAAUCCUCUGCAUCUCGCCGCCUCCCGCAGCCCAUUCAUUGCCCGGCGUCUUCUUCAGAACCCGUUAACUCACGGAGAUGGAGCAGAUCCGGCAGCUGCUUCCCCAUGUGACAGAGGGGACACCUGCACCGAGGGAGGAGGAGGAAGGAUGAGUGCUCCCACUGCUGGCACAGGGCAGGAGUUAGGGCAGAUGUGAGUUACAGGUUACGAACUGCAGGGGAGAACUUGUGGAUUAGAAACCUCGUGAAUUAAAGUGAUGAAUGAACGGAUUCAUGUGUUAGGUUAGCCAGUACCAGAGGAAUUGAGCUCUUGUUUGUUGGCUUUGUUUGUUUUCUAGGGAGUACAUAGGAUAAGGUUUAAUUUACAGAACACGUUGUCCUGUGACAGCAGAAGUGAUGGGAAUGGGGAGGGGUGAACAUGGGAGGUCACAGACCCUCGGUCCUCCUUAGACCCCCAGUGGUCUGGGGGGCGUCUCAGUCUGGGUUCACAGAAUCCUAUAAAACCAUCACUGAGCCAUAGAGUCAUGGAAUCAUGGAGUUGUAAAACAAGAAUCAUAGACUCAUGGAAUGGUCGGGUUGAAAGGGCCCUUGAAGAUCACCCCCCCAACCCCUUCCCGUGGGCUGGUUGCCCCCCACCAGCUCAGGCUGCCCAGGGCCCCAUGGGGAGAUGCUGGGACGCGGGUGGGCUGUGGGGAUGCGCAGCCCAGGCUGUGGCUCUCAGCUCUUGGCAGCGUCCCGGCAGCGUCGGUGGGUGACCAGCAGAGGGCCCGGCUCCGCCGCUCCUUUAUCCUGCCCGGGGCGCUCCGCAGCGCCCAUAGCAGCGGCCGCAGCCGGACCGAGCGGAGCUCCCCCGGCCCCUCCUCGUCCCCCGCAGCCCCGGGGCUGCUCCGUCAGACGCUUCCCGCAGAGGCUGCGGAGGACACCAUGCCUUCGCCCCCAUCGCUCGUCCUCCUGCUGCUGGCACUGCAGGGGGCCGCGGCGAUGCCAGGCGCAGCUGGGCAGCACGCAGAAGGCAGCGUGCACCCAAGCCAGGGUGCGGGUGGAGGUAGGGUGCUGCCCGUGGUUGCACAGGAUAACGCAGAGCUGAAGGCACGGCCGCGCCGGGGGACGGUGGAGGACUCCAAGUCGGUGCAGCAAUACGUGCCGGGGGUGCGCGUGGAGUUCCCGCGGCCCAUCAACGCCGCCAGCCUGCACCCCACCAGGGCCCUGGUGCCGUCCAGCACCGACCCCUCGGAGCAGCAGCACGGGGUCCCCACAGACGGGCAGGGGGCCGAGCCCGCCGCCAACCUGACCACGGUGUCCGACAAGCGGCUGCAAAUCCAGAACCCCCUGUACCCGGUGACGGAGAACUCCUACAGCGCCUACGCCGUCAUGUUCCUGUCCCUCAUCGUCUUCGCGGUGGGCAUCAUCGGGAACCUCUCGGUGAUGUGCAUCGUGUGGCACAACUACUACAUGAAGAGCGCCUGGAACUCCAUCCUGGCCAGCCUGGCUUUCUGGGACUUCCUCAUCCUCUUCUUCUGCCUACCUGUGGUCAUCUUCAACGAGAUCACCAAGAAGCGGCUGCUGGGGGACAUCUCGUGCCGCGUCGUGCCCUUCAUGGAGGUAUCAUCCCUGGGAGUCACCACCUUCAGCCUCUGCGCCCUGGGCAUCGACAGGUUCCACGCGGCCACCAGCCCGCAGGCCAGCGCCCGGCCCAUCGAGCAGUGCCAGUCCAUCAUUGCCAAGCUGGCCGUCAUCUGGGUGGGCUCCAUGACGCUGUCGGUGCCGGAGGUCCUGCUCUGGCAGCUGGCUCAGGACACGUCGCCCGUGUCCGGCGUGGUGACCGAGUAUUGCACCAUGAAGCCUUCGUCCAACCUGCCCGAGUCCGUCUACUCGCUGGUGCUCACCUACCAGAACGCUCGGAUGUGGUGGUACUUCGGCUGCUACUUCUGCCUGCCCAUCCUCUUCACCGUCAGCUGCCAGCUGGUGACCCGCAGGAUCCGCGGCACCGAGAAGAAGGCCGAGUGCCGCGGGACCAAGCACAGCCAGUGCGAGAGCCACUUGAACUGCACCAUCAUCGGGCUGACCAUCAUCUAUGGGCUCUGCACCACCCCCGAGAACGUCUGCAACAUCGUGGUGGCCUACAUGUCCCCCGACAUGUCCAAGCAGACCCUGGACCUGCUCAACCUCAUCAACCAGUUCUUUCUGUUCUUCAAGUGCUCGGUGACGCCCGUCCUGCUCCUGUGCCUCUGCAGACCGCUGGGCCAGGCCUUCAUGGACUGCUGCUGCUGCUGCUGCGAGGGCUGCGGUCCCGACGCCGCCUCCAGCGAGGGCAGCACCGAAAGCAAGCUCAAGACAGAGAUGUCCUCCUCCAUCUUCUUCGACAAGCCCCGGGAGUCCCCUCCGCCCCUCCUGGCCCUCGGCACGCCGUGCUAAGAGCCAACCAGGAGCCGUAGAGAGCAUUUCACCACCUCCUCCCAAGACCAAACGUUGUUUUUGCCGUUAGUGCCCCGUGCCUGGACGUGGAGCAAGCAGGAGAGACAACUCAGGGGCUGCACCGUGGGCUUCAAACCCCGUGUUGGGCAAGGGGUGUCCUGUCCCCGUGGCUACGUCUGUGGCCUUCUUCCCUCUGCCCAAAGGACAUCAGCUCCCCCCGUGCCUGGCCAGGCUCAGGGGGUUGCUGCUUUGCUGAUGGAGUUGUGCAGGAAAGGUCCCAUCUGCUAUUAAGGAGGGUUUGCAGAAGACUUAGCAAACACAAACUGCCCUCGUCCUGUCCCGUCCCCUCCUGUCAGCCCCCUCCACAGUAGGAGAAGGUCCCAGCGACCAGAUCCCAGCAGUGCCCUGUAAGAGCUCAAUAAACCAGUAAACCAGAGCACGUCGCGCACGUAGACAUGCAGAGCAAUGGGGGGUCAGGGCGCGGUGGGUUGUGUGGCCCCACGCUCUUCCCUUAGACUUGGGGGCUCUGGGUGGGCACGGUCAGCUUGGUGGGGUAAGAAGACACGUGGGGGUCAGGAAAGCAGUGGGGCUGGGCCAGGCAGCACCUGAGGGUGAUGGGCGAUGGCUCCAGAGUGCCGCUGAGUGCCAGGGCAGCCCCCGCCGAGUUACCCCAAGCGCUUUGUGGGGCUAGAGUCACUCUUGGCAAAGCUCAGCACUGGGCACAGGUGCCCCACAGCCUGCAAAGCACCGUGCCGGACGAACGUCCUGCAUCUCAUCCAAAGAGCCCCAGGCAGCACUCCUGGUGCUUUGUCCACCUUGCCCAUCAGGGGCACAAAACCCACCCAAGGUGCCGAUCUCAAACCAGCGCACGUUCCAAACCCAACAUCCACCUCUCACCGGGACUCCUGGCCCCAGCCAGGCUGCUAGGAGCAGUGAGGGCAGGCUGGCCGUGAUGCCCCCCCCCCCGUGCUGCCCCUGGAGCCGAGCUGUGAAAGCUCCUUGUGUGUGUGGCUGGCACCCGCCCCAGCGCGCGGGAUGCCGGGGCGAGGGAGACGGUUGCUACGGGCGGGUGAAUGCGAGGGGCUCACUGUGGGCUUUGUGCAGCGGCACCCACCGAGCUUUG